AUGGAGAGAUCAAAGUCAUGCGUUGAACAAAUUCAGCCUCCAACUUAUGGAAACUUAGUCACCAUUCUUAGCAUCGAUGGGGGUGGCAUUAGGGGCAUCAUCCCCGCUACCAUUAUUCAUUUCCUUGAGUCUCAGCUUCAGGAUUUGGAUGGUCCAGAGGCAAGGCUGGCAGAUUACUUUGAUGUGAUAUCAGGAACAAGCACGGGAGGUCUUGUAACAGCCAUGAUAACUGCUCCAGACAGCAACAAUCGACCACUUUUUGCUGCCAAAGAUAUCAAGCCCUUUUACAUGGAACACUGUCCUAAAAUAUUCCCACAGCAUAGUGGCCUCGGAGGAACUAUAUUAGCAAACUUGAUAAGAUCUAUGGGAGGACCCAAAUACGACGGGAAAUACCUUCAUGAGGUUGUGAGAGAGAAACUUGGAGAGAUUCGGUUGCAUGAGACUCUCACCAACGUUGUCAUUCCCACAUUCGACAUCAAGUCCAUGCAACCCACUAUUUUCUCUUCUUAUCAGAUUAAGAUGUCCCCUUGCUUGGAUGCUAAACUCUCAGACAUAUGCAUAAGCACCUCCGCUGCACCUACUUAUCUCCCUGCACACAAUUUCGAUAACCAAGACUCCAAAGGGAAACUUCACAAAUUCAAUCUCAUUGAUGGUGGCGUUUGUGCAAAUAACCCAACCCUAGUUGCCAUGAACGAAGUUACAAAGCAAAUCAUAAAGCAAAAUUCUGAUUUCUUUCCCAUCAAGCCUCUGGAAUAUAGUCGCUUCCUAAUAAUUUCAAUAGGCACCGGGACAGCAAAGAAUGAGGAAAAAUUCAAUGCCCAAAUUGCAGCCAAAUGGGGUUUAUUGGAUUGGCUAACCUAUGGAGGCAGUACUCCCUUAACCGACGUUUUCACUCAAUCCAGUGCAGAUAUGGUGGAUUUCCAUUUAUCUACUGUCACUCAAGCCCUUCACUCCGAAGAAAAUUAUCUUCGAAUUCAGGAUGACACGUUGACUGGAACGGAUUCUUCAGUUGACAUUGCUACAAAGGAGAACCUGGAGAAACUUAGUCAAAUUGGAGAAAAUCUGCUGAAGAAACCGGUGUCUAGGGUGAAUUUAGAGAAUGGUCUAGUUGAGCCACUGAGAAACGGAGAAACCAAUGAACAUGCUCUUAAAAGGUUUGCAAAAAUACUCUCACAAGAGAGGAAACUCCGUGACAUGAGAUCCCCACACACUAGGAAGGCCUUCUAG